AAGCAAGAGGAGACGGAAGGGAAGGAGGCGGCGUGAGGGGACCGGCUUGCAAACGAGCGCGGCGGCGGCAGCAGCAGCAGCAGCAGCAACAGCAGCAGCAGCAACAACAACAGCAGCAGCAGCAGCCGCCUGGUCCUCCCGCAGAACGACGGAGUUCGACGGCCGGCCGGCCGGGCGGGCGCGAUGGCUCUGUGGCGGCAGGAGCAGGCGCUCUCGGAAGAGAAGGGGGCCCUGGACGAAGAAGAGGAGAGGGAAGGAGGGGCGGCCGGCGGCCGGGAAGCCGCCUUCGCCAGCGCCGUGGGGGCCGGAGGGGCCUCACCGGUGGCCGCGGCGCCGCGCUUCACGCCGCCCGAAGGCGGCUUCGGCUGGGUGGUGGUCCUGGCCGCUACCUGGUGCAACGGCUCCAUCUUCGGCAUCCACAACUCCGUCGGGAUGCUCUACGUCUUGCUGCAGGAGGAGGUCGGGGCCCCCGAAAAAGACCCCGCGCUCCAGUUCAAGACAGCCUGGGUCGGCUCGUUGGGCAUGGGGAUGAUUUUCUUCUGUUCUCCCAUCGUGAGCAUCUUCACCGACCGGAUCGGCUGCAGGACGACGGCUGCCUCGGGGGCGGCCAUUGCCUUCAUCGGACUCUUCUCCAGCUCGUUCACCAAGUCCUUAGAAGUCCGUUAUUUCACCUACGGAGUUCUCUUCGGAUGUGGCAGUUCCUUUGCGUUCCAGCCCUCUUUGGUUAUCCUCGGGCACUACUUCAAACGGCGCCUGGGUUUGGCUAACGGCCUGGUGACUGCCGGCAGCUCCCUCUUCUCCAUGGGCCUGCCUUUCCUCUUGAAGGUUAUUGGCCAGGCCAUUGGGCUAGCCCACACCUUCCAAGUCCUCAGCGUCUUUAUGCUCGUCCAGAUCUUCUUGUCUCUGACUUUCAGCCCCAUGUUCCCAUCGACCUCUGACCCUCACGAUGUGGGGCAUGUGAAACUGGACAGCCGGAGCUGGAGACAGCAGUGUGUGUCGCAGAUGCGGAAAUAUUUCAACCUGAAGAUCUUCAGGAAAAAUACCUACCGGGUUUGGGCUUUUGGGAUUGCGACUGCGGCUCUGGGGUACUUUGUGCCUUACGUGCAUCUGGUGAAGUAUGUGGAAGAGGAGUUCCAGGAAAAAGAAAAGGACUGGAUUGUGCUGCUUUGUAUAGGAGCCACAUCAGGAGUUGGGCGUUUGGCUUCAGGACCAAUUAGCGACCUCAUCCCUGGACUGAUGAAGAUUUACUUACAGGUUGCCUCCUUUAUACUUUUGGGUGUGAUGUGCAUGAUGCUCCCACUGUGCCGAGGGUUUUUGGAUGUCGUUGUCGUCUGCCUUUUCCUUGGACUUUGUGACGGAUUCUUCAUAGCCAUCAUGGCUCCCAUCGCCUUUGAGCUAGUUGGGCCCAUGCAGGCUUCACAAGCCAUUGGUUAUCUCCUGGGACUUAUGGCCAUUCCAAUGACAGCAGGACCCCCAAUUGCAGGAUUUCUCCGUGACCAUUUUGGGAAUUACCACCUCGCCUUCUACUUUGCUGGCAUUCCUCCAAUAGUUGGGGGUCUGGUUCUGGCCAUUGUUCCUCUGAUCCAUCAGGGACAGCUCAAGAAGAAGCGGCUGGACUCUGGGAAAGACAAGAUGUUGGUUUCAGAGACCGUUAUGAAUGGGGAGCUUCUCCCUGGUUCUCCAGUCAUGGAGGCACACAUCUAAAGCCAUCAUUCAAAUGUCCCGGUACCCGGGCACAUGAACUGUCGCCACCAGCAUUCUCUGGCACUGUCUAAACCCAGCCCAUUCCAAAGAGGAAUUGAGCCUCUUCAAUUGUAGGCGGGGAGCGCCAUGUUGGUCAAGUAAGGACAAUCCUGAUUGGACAGUUUUGCUUUUCAAGCUGGUUUUAUUUGGCUUUCUCCUACAGAGAGAAUUCUUGUAGCACUAUCAUACUUUUCCUGCUAUGAUUUUUCUAGUUGACACAGGAGCUGAUUAUGCAUAGCUGGCUGUUAAAGUUUUUAAUGGAUUUCAUUGGUCCAAACUCCUCCUCCCCAACGAAGACACAAACAAAAACCAAUUCUACGGCGACACUAAGAUAUCUGGUCUUGGAAGUGGAGUUUAAUCUCAUUGCGAAAUCCUCUGAGAGUUAAUUUUGUAGCAGCCAAAAUUUCAAAAGUAUAGGGCAUUAUUCAGUGCUAGUAUACCCAUUGAAGUUCAUGGACAUGGCCAACUUAGGCUCAGUAAUUUCAAUGCGUCUACUUUGAGCAGCACUUAAUUGAAUACAAUCCAUAGUCUGAAACACUCAAGGAGGCAAAAUAAUAAUAAUGUGUUGGUAAAUCCUGAAUCAUUUUCUGUAUCUUAAAUCUAUCUCUGAAAUUGUGAUUCGAUGCUUGGUUUCCCUAUUGGCCUCUUUUGGCUUAUGAUUCUUUUCACCUGAUUUUACUGAAAGUUCCCCUCUCUCAGAAUUCCUCUCCUCCUACUCUAAUUCAACAGGCCCUGUGGCAGAUAGUGCUUCUCUCAAGGUUUGCAGUCCAGUGUUUUCAGAAUGGCAAAUGACACAAAUUUAAACCCUGAAAGCAAGGGGAAGGGUCUGACUCACUCAGUAGCACUUUCAGUUGAGCAAAAUGUAGUUUACUCCUAUUUUUAAAAAGAUGAAUAACUCAUUAUUUUUCCAAUCCACCCUCCAGAUGUGCAGAUUUCAUGAAGGAACAGAUUUAGCACUAGUUGUUACUAGAAACAGUGUGUUUGGGCCUCAAGGAAGAGUAUUCCGUAAGAAUGAUAUAUGGACAUUUCUCCAAGAUGCAUUUGACAGAAACCACCCUGCUCUUUGCACACAGACUUGGGACUUUCUUCCCAGUCCAGAAUCUGCAGUCCGUGUGUGGAAACAGUUUUUCUGCAUGCGGAGCUGUGUUAGAGACUCACAAGUCUGCUACCGGGGCGGACGGGGGAGAGGCCAGGCACAGACAUUGCUCUGCUAGGCACAGGCGCUGUUUCUCCUUGCAAGCAACAGCAGACACAGACAGGCUUCUGUUAAGCCUGGAGUUCCCUAGUUCAGGGUGAUUGUUGCCUGGUAAGAUUAGUUCUUUAGUCUCCUUUCUGAGGUAGCUAAAUUACGUUUCUUAUGAAUCAGCCUGGAGUCAGUGUUGUAGAUGCUGCAGGAAGCAGCCAGGCAUUGACCAGAAGAAAGAGUUUGCUUUAGGACAGGGUGUAGCUUUGUGUUACGUCAUGUGCUGAAGGCUUUCUACAGUAGGGUAGUGGCAAAUUCAGAAGUGCAGGGUCCCUUCAUGAGAGUCACAGCCACCACCACCACCUUCUUCUUCUGUCCUUUUCUUUUUUUUUGCUGCUGGGUUGAGAAUGGGAUCCUUGUUCAUGCCUUCUCCCACAACAACAGACAUCCCUAGAAGCCAAUAAGCAUAAAAUGAGAGAGAGUUAGAAAAGAGUCUUCUCAGUGGCUCGCUCACCUCCUUUCAGUCUGAUUGGCUCCAAUCAGCAGGAAUGAACAAGGAAGCAAGUUAGAAGACUCUUCUCAGUGGCUAACACACACCUUUUUCAUGCUGGUUGGCUCAUAGGUUGCUGGAGACAUUGGGACCCUGCUCCCCCAAAAAGUAAAGGGUCUAAGACACACCCCCAAGACCCUGGACAACUAUGCCCGUCUUUCUCUUUAUCCUCCUUUGACCUCUUCAUCUAGUGUUGGCAUAGCUCGGUGGUAGGGCAUCUGCUGCCCAUGUAGAAGGUGCCAGGUUCAGUUCCCAAUGGCAUCUCCAGGUAGGUCUUGGGAAGACUCCUGCCUGAAAUGCUGCUGCCAGUCAGUGUAGACAGUACUGGGCUAGAUGGACUCGUAGUCUGACUCGCUAUAAGGCAGCUUCCUAUGUUCUGGGGAAGGCUCUGUUUGGCCAUUCUGAAAUGUGAUGAUCCUCAUGUGAAACAGGAGAUCAGGCCUGUGCAUGCUUGCCUUGUGCCGCUCCCCUCUGCUGUCUGUGAAUUAACUGACCCUGUCGAUAAAGAGCAACUUUUAAAAGGGGCUUGAUCGCACACAUUAUUAAGGGAAUGUUGGGGAAAACUUCCUCUGCUGGUUUCUGCAGAUCAAGCUUCUCUUAAAAGUGCAAGACCAAGGCUGGGCUAGCGCUUGUUGGUUUUUUUUUUUAUUUAACCCGGACAGUUGGCCACCCUCCAUUUAGGUGAGUUCACUGUGAUGCACAAGGAGGCUUAACUCUGUGGCCUGAAGGCCCAUGAGGCCGCCAGCUUGCUGAAGAGAAGCAGAUCUGAGUGUCGUCAGUGCCUGGAUGAGGGACCGCCUGGGAACCACAUGUAUGCCCCCUUGGGUUCCUCGAUGGAAGAACGGCAGGAAAUAAAUGUAAGAUUUAAAAAAUUGUACACAAACCUGUUGUCAGGAAGCUGCCGCCCAACAGGAUUGGAAGCUGGCAUCGUGCGCUGUUGCAGGUGUGGCGUUCCUUUGAUAAGAGAAAAUGCCUUACUGGACUUCAUGAACCCAAGGGAACAGUGUCCUGCAGCCCAGUUGCCUGCUUCUGAUUUGGGGGCUCUUACCUAACUUGUUUUCACGAUGCAGUGAUGCCAUGGCGAAAGUCAGCCUUCAGAUGAUGCUCCCUGCCCCAGCCCCUUAAUAAUGUCACCAAGCAGGGAACUUGUCAAAAGAUAUUCCACUCGCAUAGGUCUGGCUCUUCCUGAAGUGAGCAAAUGGGUAGGAGAAUCACAUUACUAGAUGCUUCUCCAUACUUUUGUCUCUCACCCCACCCACCCCAAAAAACAAGCCCAGUCCCCGCAUAUAGAGAGCUAGCAUCUCAGGGAGAGCAGGAUCCUGGCCUUGCAUUCUUCCUGACAAUUUUUUUUUCUCUUUGAGGGUUUUAUUUAUUUAUUUUGGUAUGGAGCAGCUUUCAGUUAUGUGAUCCACGAAUCCCAAAGUCUGAAGUGAUACAGCCUAGUUUUUAAUACUGUGAAUGAGGUGGCUGGACUGACCAGGGAACGGAGGGUUGUACCUCUUCAGACUCCCAGGGGUCUUCUUAUGAGGAUUUUUUUAAACACAGCUGAUAGAAAAGACAGAAAAGAAGCGGGCGAGAGCAGGGGAAUACCAGGGUGGGACCCUGUUCCCUGCAUUCUGCUGUUUGUUUGUUUGUUUGAAGGGAAUUCUUUGCUCUUGAGAAGCAUUUCACCCACAUGAGCCAUGACACACACACACACACACAGACCCAUGCUGUUGGUCUGAAGGCACAUGAGGCCACCUCCUUGCUGAAGCUAAGCAGGUCUGGGUCUGGUCAGUGCCUGGAUGGGAGACUUCCUGGGGAGCACAUGUAAGCUGCCUUGGGCUCCAUGGUGAAAGAAAAUGAAAAAUGGAAAUGGCCUGCCUUCAAGUCGAUCCUGACUUAUGGUGACCCUAUGAACAGGGUUUUCAUGGUAAGCGGUAUUCAGAGGGGGUUUACCAUUGCCUUCCUCUGAGGCUGAGAGGCAGUGACUGGCCCAAGGUCACCCAGUGAGCUUCAUGGCUGUGUGGGGAUUCGAACCCUGGUCUCCCAGGUCGUAGUCCAGCACUCUAACCACUACGCCACACUAGCUCUCUGAAAGAAAGGUGGGGUAUAAAUGUAACAAACACACACAGACACACACAGCUUUCUGAAGUGAUGCAGUCUACAAAUACAUUUUGCACCCCAGUGAGAGCUGGGACCUAAACCGGUUUAUGUCAGUCUGGAAUCUUGAGCCCUGUGCACACAGUGUGAGAACUAUCACAAUGAAGAAGGAAAGGCUGUGUUCAGGACAGGAAGAGCCCUGGGAAGCAAUGCUGCAUUCACACAAAACAGCUUAAGACCUUGGAUCAUCCCAGUGGGGCAUUUAUUGUGCUCGGGGUGCAAGUGGCAAUCACAAUACAGUUAGAAUGCACUCUUGCUUAGCUUUUCCGAACCCAGCAGCUCUCAGCAGUGCCUCAGAAGUCUAUCUCCCAAACUCAGGAGCAAUUUGGCUACUUUAAAGAGGAGAGACAAUUUAUGCAGAUUAUUAUACAUCCAAGAACAUAAGAAAAGCCUUAUCCAGAAGAGCCGCAUCAGGCCAGUGGCCCAUCUAGUCCAGCGUCCUGUUCUCACAGUGCGCAACCAGGUUUGCUUGGGCCUAAUUCACUCAACUCACCUGUGGAGGUGUCAAAAUUGUUUGGGUCCUUUCUAAUAAAGGCCAUUCAGAGAAUGGGGAGGGGGGAAGCACACAUACAUUCCCCCCACUCCGUUGCCCCCUCAUGUUCCAGACUGAUUCAGGACCACCUAGACUUCAGAAUAUUGUGAAUUAUUAAAAAGUACCGUCAAGAAAUGUUCUUAGAAUGCAGCGCUUUUAAAAGCAAGAGAGAGCUGGUUUUGGUAUAGUAGUUAGGAGACUGAAUUGAGAACUGAGAAGCCCCCAGUUCAAAUUUCACCGCAGCCACAAAUCUCACCUCAGUCUCAAAUUGCAUUAUUGGGUAAUAAACUGUCCUAUCUUGCAGGGUUGUGGUAUAGCUUACCACAAGAUUAUGUAUGUAAAACACUAUAUAAAUACUUAACAAUUAUGGUUGCACUUGUUACCUUAUAUGUGCAAGAACAGCCUUUGAGCUUUGCUAUGAGCCGUGCCAUCCACAUGCUCAAAUAUUCACGCACAGAGACGUUACACUAGUCUGAAAGCCAAAAUGGCACCUCGGUCCUUGAAGGUGAGCCAGCAGUUCUAUGUGCCAGGGGCAUCACAAAUAAAUCUUCAAAGAGCUUCUCCCCAUUUUCCAGCCUGGAUCUUGGAGGCAGGAGCCAGGAAACCUUGGACUGCAUUCCUGCUACAGACUUCUUGUCAGCUGCUUUCUGUUUAAUAACUGUUUUUCCUUGGAUGGAAACAGCUAUCCCUUCAGGGCCGCUGCCAAAGGAAGAUAAUCCCUGCCCAUAAUAUCUGCAUAUCUGUUAUGACCUGUCAUCAUUCUCACCACCACCAGGCAGAAGCAGUGUUAUAUAAGGCUCUGCAAUCUAUGACUUGUGAAAUCUUCACCUGUCUUAGAGAGAGAGUGAGAGGUAAACUGUUGAAAUCAAAGUGAGAGAGUGAAGACAUGUCACCAGGGAUCAAGCGAUAAAUUGGGAUGGCUGCUAGAGAAUGUGGCUGAUCACGUGCAAAACAGGCAUGUUGGAGUCUCCGUCUUGGCAGUUUUCACUCUGAGCCUCUAGCUGGGGGGUGUUCAACCAUUAAUAAUGAAACUGAAAGAGAACCUUGGCUGCUACAAAAACACUAUUAAGAGAUUUAAAUACCAUCCCCCUAGGAGGAGGAGGAAGGCUAGAUAAUAAUAUAUGAAAUCCAUGGUUAGUACCAAUGCUUGCAUUUUUUUUGGUUGCAAAACAUUUUGGCAUACCUGUGCAAUAUGGAGAGGGCAGGUGGGGGUGGGAGAGAAGAAAAUGGCAAUUCCAAAUGCUGUGGUGGUUUGCUGAAUGCCAGCGCUGGUGUUACAGAAGGUUGCUUUCCCAGUCCUGUGGUGCAAUUUAUCCUCAGCAGAUAAUACUGUUUCUGCAAAACACUAGACUGUUUGGGUUGGGGUAAGCAUCUCUGAUCAGUUUCAGUUAGGAAAUCCAAAGAUCACUGCCUUCCUCAGAAGCCUUUCAGAAAAGACCAUUUUUGUUAGGAUAGAAUCCCCAUGUGCCGGAGGGGCAGAGGCUCAGGCAAGAGACGGAGUCCUGUGGCGCAGAAAAAACACCCUCCAUGGUGCCCCCAUGACUCGACAGAGGCUUGCCAUCUGGCCCCUCCCUUUCCCCUUGCAGAAGAAAAAGCUUCAAGGCCAACAGCUGCGUUGCAGUCUUUCACACAGUGUGACGCUCCCACGAGAGAGCAUGUUGUGUAUAGAAAUGAAACUUUCCUCCUUGGAAUCCUUUAAAAGAAGCAUGUAUAUUGAGGUAGUUCGGUUCCCAUCAUCCCUUGCUCUUGGGUUUCUGAAGGGAUUUGGCAAACCAAACCAUUGGAAACAGACGGCUGGGGUGAAAAGGAGCUUGCUCCAAUGCAGCAGGCCACUCCUGUGGCCUCAUGUUCAUACAAUACAAUACAUUUCCCCAUGUGACAGUGUUAGCUUGAGGAAUGGCCUCCUCCAGCACAGGCAAUGGGGUUCCUUCCCAGAGCUCAAAAGGCAACCAUCCAAAGGACUUGGUGGCCCAGUGGAUGUGUAUGCCAAGGACUGCACAGUGCCUACAGUUCUUAUUACACUGUGUCUGUCUGUGUCUGUGGGUGGGUGUUUUCCCUUAUUGCCCCAAUGGGGAGGGGGGUCUUUCUGUGUAUAUCACGGGUUGUGGACCAAAGCCUACCCUGCCCCUCAAUAAUCUUCAUCUUCACCUAGUGAAGAAACAUUCUCUCUGUCUUAUGAAGUGCCUCAGAGUAGCAGUCACAGGGGUAAGGAGAGAGUUGAUGCCAAAAGCUCUUAACUUUGACGAGACGGUGUCCAGCUGGAUAAAAAUGGCUCACACACCAUCUCUGCAGUGGACCAAACUAUAGCCCUAGUUUUGACAGAUUCAGACUCAUUUCAUUGCUUGGGUUUGCUUCCUGUUUCAUUGCUCCCUCGGUGGUGGUUGUGGGCAGAUUAAAUUUUUCAGCUCCGGGCUUAAUUCUGCACUGCCGUGCAUCACACAGCUGGCGUACAAAUUCGUUGAGAGUUCCGAAAAGCAGUGGGAAGGCCUCUGAUGGCCAGCCCUAGACAUUUUUCUGCCUGAGGUGAAGGGCAGAUGGCUACCCUUCCUCAUUCAACAGAAGCAAGCCGACUGGAGUGGCAGUUUAGUCUUACUUCAACACUUGUGGUGGAUAGUGUCCUGCACUGCACCUGUGACAGCACGAUGGUUUGGACAGACCACGCAGCAUGCAACAACAAAGAGGAAUGACUGGGACGGCUUAGGAGGACUAGCAGGGAGCUGUCCCCACCUCCACAUUUGCUGCUUGAGGCUUUCUCCUCACUCUGUCUGAUAGUGAAUGAAGGGACCUUGGAUCUUCUCACUGUUCAAUCUGCUUUCCUCUCCCAAACCUCUUGCUUUUGUAUCUCAGUGAAGCCCUAAUACACCACAUGGACCUGCCUUCCCUAAUCCUAGCCAACGGGAGUGCUUGCAUGUCCAGUGAGAGAUCAAAAAGCUCUGAGAAGUGACUGAUAACAGAAAACAGCUGCACAGUUGGUUGCUGAUGUUUUUUUAAUUCCCAAUGUGUGCCAAUAUAUAAUCUGUUUUUCAGGGGUGGGGUGAGACUCUUGUAUGUAAAUGCAAACAAUCAAAAUACCCAAUACAGUAACCUGCAUACAUUU